GCAAAGUGAAAUCUGUAUGGACAGAAGUCGCAUCACUCAUUUGCCAUCCAAUGCUGGCGCAGUGAGUCGGAGGGCAGCAGUAAAGCAGCAUGGCGGCUCUGUUAAGGGGCUCUCGCAGUCUUUUAGGAAAGUGGCAUAACCAUGUCGCCUCGGUGCAGGUCUCCAGAUCCAUGGCCUCCAAAACCCAGGUGGGCUUCAUUGGCCUGGGGAAUAUGGGAAACCCGAUGGCCAAGAACCUGAUCAAACACGGCUACCCUGUGAUUGCUACAGAUGUCUUCCCUGAGUCUUGCAAAGAGCUACAGGAACUGGGUGCCCAAAUCUUGGACACGCCAGCAGAUGUGGCAGACAAGGCAGACCGCAUCAUCACAAUGCUGCCAUCCAGUCCUAAUGUUAUUGACGUGUACACAGGCUCCAAUGGAAUUCUGAAGAAGGUGAAGAAAGGCUCUCUGCUCAUUGACUCCAGUACCAUUGAUCCUGCUGUGUCCAAGGAAAUGGCUGUUGCUGCUGAGAAAAUGGGUGCUGUUUUUAUGGAUGCUCCAGUAUCUGGAGGUGUUGGAGCCGCCACUUCUGGUAAGCUGACCUUCAUGGUUGGAGGAGCGGAGGAGGAAUUCACAGCAGCCAAGGAGUUACUAAGCUGCAUGGGAGCCAAUGUAGUGUACUGCGGUCAGGUUGGCACAGGACAGGCUGCUAAGAUCUGUAACAACAUGCUGUUGGCAAUAGGAAUGAUUGGCACUGCUGAGACCAUGAACUUAGGCAUCAGGCUGGGGCUCGAUCCCAAACUACUGGCAAAAAUACUCAACAUGAGCUCAGGCCGCUGCUGGUCCAGUGAUACCUAUAAUCCUGUUCCAGGAGUAAUGGAGGGAGUGCCCUCAGCCAACAACUAUCAAGGGGGCUUUGGAACCACACUAAUGGCUAAAGAUCUGGGACUUGCACAGAACACGGCGACAAACACGAAGACUCCUGUUCCACUGGGUUCACUGGCUCAUCAGGUCUAUCGAAUGAUGUGUGCACGUGGUUAUGCCAACAAGGACUUCUCCUCUGUCUUCCAGUUCCUGCGUGAGGAGGAGGGUCAGUAGGGGGUGACACUCACUACUGUGGCCUAAUUCCACUCUCUUGCCUCACCAAGACCUGGCCAGAGUAAUGGUUGCACAUAGUGCAACACUGACCUGUGUGAUCUCAAAGACAAGUCUAUGAAUGAAGGAGUAGAACAGAGGAUGUGAAUGUAUAUAUUUAAAGAUAUUCAGUCCUAAAGAGUUCAGUCCUUCUUUUUGGAAUCAUGUUACCUGUUUGGGCCUGCCCUGUACAAACCAUGUUCCCAUGUUUAACUCUUGACACUGUCAACCUGAGGCAGUGGUUGCUUUUGUUUCUUUAUCAGAUUCUGUGGUGUUGUGUCCUGUAGACCGACUUUCAAUUAUAUGUGUGGUCAUGUUGGAAUUGCUCUUAUGGUUUCAGCUGAAGGAACUGGCAGCGGCUGCAAUGAGGAAGUGACCCGUUUAGACUCUACUAAAUAUAAACACUCCUUUGCCUGAGCUAACUGCGACACAGCACACCUUAUCUUACAGUUCUGUAGCACUUGUUACUUUUUUUCUCCUUUUUUCAUUGGUAAUGGGUUUUUUCUAGUUUUAUUUUCAGAGUUAUUGCUGUCAUGUCUAACAGGUUUGCAGUGGUGUCAUGUCAUAAAUCUUAUGUCUCUACUCUGAAAUUAAAGCAGAAAAAAAAAUCUGACAAUGAAA